AUGACUGUUAAGUACAAACAAGUGGAACAGUACAUGUCCUUCCACAAACUUCCAGCUGAGAUGCGCCAGAGAAUCCAUGACUACUAUGAACAUCGGUACCAGGGCAAAAUGUUUGAUGAGGACAGCAUCCUUGGGGAGCUGAACGAGCCUCUGCGAGAGGAGAUCGUCAACUUCAACUGUCGCAAACUGGUGGCCUCCAUGCCGCUCUUUGCCAACGCCGACCCCAAUUUUGUCACAGCCAUGCUCACCAAACUGAGAUUCGAAGUCUUUCAGCCAGGGGACUACAUCAUCAGGGAAGGCACCAUUGGGAAGAAGAUGUACUUCAUUCAACAUGGGGUGGUCAGUGUCCUCACCAAAGGCAACAAAGAGAUGAAGCUUUCAGAUGGAUCCUAUUUUGGAGAGAUUUGCCUCCUGACCAGAGGGCGUCGAACUGCGAGUGUCCGCGCGGAUACCUAUUGCCGCUUGUAUUCCCUCUCAGUGGACAAUUUUAAUGAGGUCCUAGAGGAAUACCCCAUGAUGAGGCGGGCGUUCGAAACCGUUGCUCUGGAUCGGCUGGAUCGCAUUGGGAAGAAGAACUCCAUUCUCCUGCACAAGGUGCAGCACGACCUCAAUUCAGGCGUCUUCAACAACCAGGAGAACGAGAUCAUCCAGGAGAUCGUCAAGUACGACCGGGAGAUGGUUCAACAGGCCGAGUUCCAACAGCAAAACCCCAUGUAUACCCCAGUUCAGCCACAGGUCACCUCAGCGAUCGCCACCCUCCAGCAGGCCGUGGCGAUGAGCUUCUGCCCGCAGAUGGGCAACCCGCUGACUGGCCCAGUCAGCCUCGGGUCCCCUCGGAUGGUCCGCCGGCUCCAGUACCAAGGAGGUCUCCCCGGGGCCUUCGCCAUCUCGCCAGCCUUGCUCCAGCAGCAUCACCAACAGCAGCAGCUGAACCUACAACAACAGCAGCAACAACAACAACUGGGUGGCCCGAUGUUCCAGAACAUGCCGCGGGCCCCGCAGCCGAACGUCCCACUCCAGCAGCAGCCCCCACCUCCCCAGCCUCCAAUGGCCGCUUCCGCUGGCCCUUUCCACUCCGUAGUGUCCAGCCCCUCUUCCCAGAGCCCUCACGCCAGCCGGACGUUCCCAUACGGGGGUGCCAAGGGUCAGUCGGGGUCCCAGCUCUCGCUAACUCAGCAGAAGCCGCCCGGGUCGCCGCAGCGGCUGGCGGCUCACAAGAGCACCCAGGCUCUUCACACAAGCAGUCUCAGCCAGGAGACUCGGCCUCUUUCGGCCUCCCAGCCCUCCCUCCCCCACGGCGUCUCUCAAACGCCGAGCCAGAGCCCGUCGUCUUCGGCUCACGAGUCCAACGCUUCGAUCGCCGCAGGGCAGGGGGCCUCGCCGUCAUCGGCCGCCAUUUCGACCCAGAAUGCCGGUAACACACCACCAGCUGCGCCGCGGCUGGCGCCCCGGGCACCCCACCAGAUGACCAUGGCUGCCGCGUACCCUGGGACAGCUGCCUCGGGCAUUCAACAGGACCCGGGUAGUACCCGCAAGGAUUCCAUCAUUAGCGCCCCCGAUACGGACUCAGCAAAGUCUAGGCUUCCGUCCAAUUUGUGACCCUCGAUUUAACCUGCAGGUGGGGGUGUCUGGUAGAGCUGGGAGGGUAGGGAAAACCCCCCCCUCGCCCUAGCUGUGGGGCAGCAUGAACUGGCAAGGGGGCAGUUCUGCGGCACCCCUCUUGGCUCUCUUUCUGUCAUGCUGACCAUCACUUGCUCUGCGGGGAAGGAGCGCCCCAGAUCCGCGCAGUCGUGUGCUUAGCCAGGUGGGGCUGGGGCACAUGGGAUCCGGGGUCAGGGAAGCUCGGCGGGACUUCUGCUCUGCAGGAGGAGUGAUGCGUGUGGAGUGGGUUUUUUUUUUCCUAGCCAGGAGACAGGGUGUGCCAGGGAUGAAGGAGCCGCCCGUCCCAUCCUCUUCCUCACCAAAGUUUGGCUCCUGUCUGGCUGUCAUCUCCAUCCCGCCUCGCCCUGCUGUGUCCAUUCCGUGGAAAGCCAUAUCUAGAUUCUCAUGCAAUUUAAUCCAGUGUGUGUAAAAUAUAUACAUACUUAUAGAUAUAAAUAUAUAUAUAUAUAUAUAUACAUAUAUAUAAAAUACCGAGAGAGAAAUUAUAUAUAUAUUUAGGAGUUAAACCGCAUACGCAAUGCCUUAUACGCCACGCUCCGUGCUGAACCCAAAGGGGAAGAGAGACCUGUUGAGGAGACCUUGAGGAACAACGUUGUGAAUUCUUUUUUCAGGCCAACUUUUGCUUAUCCCUAGAAGAGUGUUUUUUAACCUUGGUUGCUUUAACCCGUGUGGACUUCAACUCCCAGAAUUCCCCAGCCAGCAUAGGGAAGUCAGCAGGCGGAAUUCUAGGAACUGAAGUCCACAAAUGCUACCGUGUUUCCCUGAAAAUAAGACAGGGUCUUAUUUUCUUUU